CGUACAUGCAGAGGGAGGGAGAGACACAGGGGGAGGGAGACAGACACAGAGAAAGAGCGCCACACACUACGAGGGAACCCCAUCAGCUGGAAGUAGAGUAUCAUUACAACUCUUCAGCCUCAGCAGACGUUGCUUUCGUAUGCAAACAACGGCAAAAUUCAGUCCUGUAGUCUAGAUUGUUUUUAUUAAAUGCGCAAUUGCUCGCGAAUACAACGUAGAAAAGAGCGACGAUUCAUAACAAGCGACGUGUUGAGGAGACGCGGAGUCAAAGCUGGAGAGGAAAGCAUGGAGUAUUUCAUGGUACCAGCUCAGAAGGUGCCCUCCUUGCAACAUUUUAGGAAAACGGAAAAAGAAGUCAUAGGGGGCUUGUGUAGUUUAGCGAACAUCCCGCUGACACCAGAGACAGCACGGGACCAAGAAAGACGCAUUCGCAGGGAAAUUGCUAACAGCAACGAGCGCAGGCGCAUGCAGAGCAUCAACGCUGGUUUUCAGUCACUCAAAACACUCAUCCCACAUAGUGAUGGAGAGAAGUUGAGCAAAGCUGCAAUCUUACAGCAGACUGCCGAAUACAUAUUCUCUUUGGAACAGGAAAAGACACGGCUACUGCAGCAAAACACGCAGCUUAAGCGAUUCAUCCAGGAGUUUAGUGGCUCAUCCCCCAAGAGAAGGCGUGCAGAAGAGAAGGAUGAAGGAAUAGGCUCUCCAGAUAUUAUGGAGGAGGAGAAGGUGGAGGAUCUGCGGCGAGAAAUGAUUGAACUCCGGCAGCAGCUGGAAAAAGAACGCUCAGUGCGCAUGAUGCUGGAGGAACAGAUUCGCUCUCUGGAUGCCCACCUAUACCCUGAGAAACUAAAGGUAAUCGCCCAGCAGGUGCAGGAACAGCAUGUGCAGACGCAGGCUCUGCUUCGCCUGCAACAGCAAGAACAGCUGGAGAGAGAGAGCAAUCCUGCUCGCAGUACACAGGUAUAUUCCCCAGUCACACCAUCCGCCCCCACCCAUCACACCACUGUUAUUGUUCCUGCCCCAACGUUGCCACCUCCUCCCCAUCAUGUCACAGUGGUAACGAUGGGCCCUGCCUCUGUAAUUAACACAGCCUCAACAUCACGACAGAACUUGGACACCAUAGUUCAGGCUAUUCAGCACAUUGAGGGCACACAAGAGAAGAUUGGUGUGCCUGAAGAAGAGCAGCGUCGGGCAGUCAUAGUUACUCCGGGCCGCACCUUGAAUGAUGCCGCAGACUCAGACACUGCCUCUGACAAUGAAGGUUCUGAGGACUGUUAACUCCACCAGGCAAACUGGGUGGCCAUAUGGAGGGGCCUCCUACAGACUCUCUCAUGCCCUCUCAUUAUCUCUUUUUCAUAUAGGCAUACAAACCCAUAGGGUAGGAAAUGGAUUAGUCAAACAUUCAAUGAACAAAAAAGCCACAUCUAAAUUGCAGACCUACCAUCUCACUCACAUACUCUUCUUUUUUUUCCAUUCAUACAUUUUCAAUAGGCCUCAAUCAGCUCCCAUGGCUUUUCGUCUAUGUUCACCCACUCUCUGCUGCUCUUCUCUUAAUUGAAGAGGUUCUUCGGCCUUAUUGUCUCUAACUUAUACUCUCCCCAUUUCUCCAUAAAAAUUUGUACCUGUCAUACUUUUUAUGUGAUUAAAAUAUUAAACAGACAGUCAAAACAUCCCCCAGUUCUCCCUUCUUACCUAGUGAGGCUCUAAAGCACCACUCUGAGCUUACCUGACUUCAGAAGCCAAAUGUACAAUUCCUUUGGCUUUUAAUUAUUAGAGGAAAUGAAAUUAGUGGUGCCCAAUGCAUGAAGCAUACAUAUUACUGCUUUGUGCACUUUGUAAUAGGUAUUUGGAGGGUCUUGGUGGAAUGUGCACUUGGUGUCAAUCACACUCAGCUGGGCUGGGUUCCCAGUACAAUAAACACAUGCAGGCAACCCAAUAUAUAACCCAUAUAUAACCACAUCAGACUCUUAGUACUGUUUCUAAUGCUGGCCUUUUUUUUUUUUUUUUUUUUAAAUAAUGUAAAUAAAAUUUUAAUAAGCUAAGUUGGUGUUCUGCAGAGAGAUGUAUUUGCCUUGUGUGUGGUUCUGCUAGCAUCAUACAUACUGUGCUGGCAUCAUCUAUUUGCCUGAGGGUCAGUCUCUAAUCAUGAAAAGUUGGCAGUAGCACUUGCAGAUUUCUCAAAACAAAUAAGCACUCUAUGCAGCUCACUCAACAGCCAUUUGCUUGUAUUGCCCCUUUCUGGAAUUUAGAUUAUGUCUGUCCUUAAUUUUGUUUCGGUCUUUUCUGUAACUUUUCUGUAAUGUUGGUAAAAAGCUGCACUGAAGUUUGGUAGGGUUUUUUUGGUAGGGGUUGGACCUACACACUUGCUCUAUGCAUUCAGUGAUUGCCUCUGCUUGUUGGAAUUUUUUUUUUCUUCAUCUUUGUGCUUUAUUAUAUGUACAAAGAGAGAUUCCUAUGUACAUGAGUGAUAAUCUGGCAAUUUGCCCAUCUAAUUGCAGCUGUAUGGUAUGAAGGGCAAUCUGAAACAUCCAAAUGUUUGGAGAAGGAGCAGAAAAGGAUUGCAGUUUGCAAGACAUCCUAUGUAGGUGUGUAGGGAGAUGACAGUAGUUUGCUUUAAUCUGUUUUGGAGAAACUGUCUGAGGCUCAAAAUUAUUCGAAUGACCAGUUUUGCCCCAUUCCAUUUUCCCCUCCCAUGGCACUAUGGCAUAAAUAUGGGUUACUAUUUCAAACAUUCCAGAAUGUUCUCACAAGGUCUAUGUUCAGUUUUCUUUUGGCUCUUUAAAAGCUGAUAGGAUGGGUUUGACAAAUUUGUGUAUAAAUUUGACUGAAACAAAUUGUUGGUGAUAUAACAAAUUGUCACUUACUGUCAGAUGUUUGCUUUCUCUGGCCCUGAACUGAACACUGAGAUUCAGGUUUCAGUGCUGAUUGCUGAGAAACAGGGCAUGUGAGAUGUGUGUGUGAAAUAUAUAUAUAUAUCACACACACAGGCACUGCUUUUUCCUGGUUUCUAUUUUAUAAUGUCUGUUAAAAAGCUAUAUAAGAGACUGUCAGAGGUAUGUGACUGGGGGUUUAACGAAUAGUGUAUAAAACGGAUCUAAAGCACUUAAGAUUUUUUUUUUUUUUUUUUAUAAAGAUAUCUCGUAAAAAGUGAAGCCCUUGGUGCUGUGAGUCCAACCCACACAGCUGUUGAACCCUUCUUGACGCUUGGUAUGUCUGUCUCUGAAGUUUCUAGACUCAUCCCCUCCUGAUCUCUCCUUCCCUCCCUUUUCAUCUGUCACUUCCUUUUUUUUGUUGGACACACUGUCCCAUUUGGUUGUUGAAAAGCUGUUAUAUUUUGUUCUUUUUUUAAAGAAAAAAAUGGGGGAAAAGAGGCAUGUGCCUUUGUAAAGACAGAAUAAUAAAGUUUGUACUUUGUUUUUUACAAGUUAA